UUAGGUACGAAACAUAAUCAUGCACAAGUAAUAUCGUAAAAUUCAAGACUUUCACAUGCUUUGACGAUGAAAUCUCUCACAGUUUACGUAAUUCAAAUACAUAUUAAUAAAGUUACGCUAUUCAUUAUGGAUUAAGCCUAUUUUUGCUGGAAACGUAACAUGGCCUUGAAACAAUUACUUAUUAUUUAAUAGUAAGCAUACCUAAUCAACCUAAACUGUUUUUAUUGUUAUUAUCUUGACUUCGAAGCGGCAAUUGAUGAAUUGUCGAUGUUAUAAAAUAAAAAAUGUCCUUAUCCUCAGCCACACGUAUUUUGGCAUUUACUUGCUAAACAGGUGCUUACAUCUCUUGAUGUGUUGUCGCGGCAGAUUUAAAAAUGGCCGCAACAGAAAGACUUGCCAGUUCCCUCAGAAGGUUGCAGAAACCAAGACCCAAUAAUGUACACUACAGAUGUACUGGAGACCAUGAAAUCAAUGUUGACGAAGAGCUGGCUAAGCUGCAGCCCUCUGAACGGCUUUUGGAUUACUACAGAGCCAAGAUGACAAAGUUUGAUAAGGACAAUCGGGAUAUGCGGGAUUUGAUUGAAAAGUAUGGACAAAUAAACAAGCCAUCAUUAACUGAUGAUGAACGUAAACAGAUGGUGCGGGAACUUAUUGAGCUCCGUUCUGCGUUAUCUGAUGUAAAUAUAUUCAUUCAUGCAGAACGUCAACAAGUUUUACGCCUGUAUGCUGAGAAAGAGCAACUACAGUUGGGUGCUCUUGAAGCUGAGAAAAAGGUGGCAUUAUUACUCAACUUGUGUGGAUUGACAGAAGGUGAACUGAAAGUAUAUUUAAGAGAUCCAAAGAGGGUAUCUAUCAUCAAACAAAAAUUGCCUCCUCAUAUGAGGAAGCUUCAAGCAAAAUUGGAUGAGAAUUUGCAUGAGUCAGCAAGUAAUGAAAAUGAAUUGAUACUGCAGUCUCGCAUCCAAGCUUUAGAAAAACAGCUGAAAGAAGCAGAGGCUAAUUGGCUUGAGGAAAAAAGUUCCCUCCUACAGGAAAGGACACUAGCAUCCUCAGAGUACAAACUCCAAAGAGAUAAGGAUGAAGCUCACAUGAAGCUCCUAAGUGCAAGACUUGAGGAAUCACAGAUGCUUCUAAAUUCAACAAUGAAGGAAGUCCUUAAAAAGAAUGUAGAAAUGCAAGAGAUAGAAAAAGGUUUUCUUGCAGAAAGAGACCAUCUGCUGUCUGUGUUGGCCACUGUUCAAGAAAACCUGCCUUUGGUUACUCAUAUGGAAGCUGUUCAAAGAAGUGGAAGCUAUUCAGAUCUCACAAAAGUGAAGUCAACUUGUGAACUCAAAGACCUUAGAAGAGAUAAUGAAAUCUUAAAAAAUGAGCUGUCCAAAUCUGAAGAAUUACGUACCUUGUAUGAAUCACAGUGUCUUAAACAGGAGCAGACAAUGUGUAAACUCCGAGAGCAGAAAGAGGCAUCUGAACAGAUGCUAAAGGAAAAAAUAAAAAAACUGACUCAUGAAGUUGAAUCAUUGGAGCGUUAUGUCAGACGUUCAGAAGAACGCAGAAAAUCUGAUCUGAGAGGGUUCCAGAGUGAUAUACAGCUGUUAAGAAAUGAUUUGAAGACUCUUAUAUCUCAAUUAUAUAAGAUAACUAUGAAAAUUUAUGGAGAUGAGGCUGUACCUGUCAAUGCUAAUGCCUUGAAAGAGAUUCAGACAGCCUCUGACCUUGUAAGGGUUGUGCAGAAUAAACUAGGGGAUGUAAAGCGAAAGCUUCUUAAAGUUGAAACUGAAGUAGCUGUCGAGUCCUGAAGUUUUGUUUAAUUUCAGUGUUUGUUGAAACUAAUUUUGUUCCAAAUUUGUGUAAACAUAAUUUUCAGAUUUUUUGUACCUUCAUGGUUUAUUUGUGUUUUUUAUUGUACUGCACAUUCUUGAAAGCAUUUACAUAUAAUCAAUAUAGCUUUUAUUGGUGAAACAAAGCAUAGUCUCUCAGUAUAUUGAUUUUAAGGAUACAGACAAGUGGAUUUUUUUUAUAAUGAAGCAAUUUAACUGUGAAUUAAGGAAAAGUUAACUUAUGAACUGAGAGCAUUAGUUUCAUUGUUGGUAGCUGCUGCUCUAAAAAACCAUAUGUAUUGUUUUUCCAAUCUCUCGGCCCCUUCAGCCAAGGAGAGGCAUCUUUAAUUGGAAGGGUAUUGGAUGUACUCUCUUUUAUUCAUGCUUUUAUGCAUAGAAAGAUUUUUGCUUUAUAAAAAAAGAGCUGUUAAGUAUACUUUCUUGUCCUUUAUACUAUCGAACUUGAAAGUUAAGGACACAUGAAAUAAUUAUUACUAUUUUUACUCUAAAUUGUCUCAAAUUAAAAGGCUUCUUUUAUUUAAAAGAUGGCUGCUCAUAGGCUGUCUGUCUUUUGUUUUGUUGUACAUGGAUAGGAUACACUUUAACACAAAUUUGUAUGCACAAUAUAGGAUAAUCUUUAUAGAAUCACAAAGUAAAACAGUCUAUUUAGGGUACCUUGGAUAAUUAAUGUUUUGCAAUUCCUAUGCAAUUAACUAAAUUGACUUUGCAUUAAUACAUGACUUGGCUCUUCCUUCAGCCAAACUCUGAGUUUUUAAUUUUCAAGUGCCUUUUCUUUCUUCCUGACAAGAUAUAGUACAAAUCACAUGGUAAAAAGUCUAUUUUGGGAUACUUUGGGCAAUUACUACCAUUAAUAAUCUUUUGCAAAUGUUGCACUUAUAUUUCCAAAGCAAGAAUGGCCUUGAUAUAACCAUUGUUAACAAUCUCAACUUUCUUAUGAAUUUUUUUUUUUUUUUUUUU